AUGGCGUCAGCAGCCUCCUCUCCCUCGUCCUCGCAACCCUCCUCUCGCGGCCCUGGCUCCCGGGCAUCGUCCCCAGCAAUCCCGGUGCAGCCUGACCACUUCUACGGCCACGACGCCGUCCAGUUCCCGCCCUCUCCCCACUCCGAGGGCCGCGCGUGGCUCGACCCGAAGGACGACCCGAACGCGGAACGCGGCAUCCCCGUCUUCCGCCCGACGAUGGCCGAGUUCGCAGACUUUGAGGAGUACAUGAACCGCGUCGAGCCGUGGGGCGUGCGCAGCGGGAUCGUGAAGAUUAUCCCCCGAAGGAGUGGUGCGACGGAACGGCUGCCGUCGGUCGUCCCGCAGCUCGGGCACGUGAAGCUUACGAGCCCGAUCGAGCAGCGCAUGGAGGGCUCGAACGGGCGGUACCUGCAGUGCAACAUGGAGAAGCGGAGGACGAUGAGCGUGCGCGACUGGGCGGAGCUCUGCGCGCAGGACCAGUACCGCGCGCCGGGCGUGCACGAGAUGGGCGGCCGGAACGCGCGCGCGAAGGACGCCGGGACCGGUGCGAGGCGGACGAGGAGGAGUGGCGGAAGCAGGAGGGGCACGACGGUGGCCGGGGCGUCGGAGACGGCGGAGCCGGACGCGAUGCAGGUGGACGUGAAGGCGGAGGAGGAGGAGGGGCGCCCCGCGGAGUUUGCGUCUGCGCUGAUCUCCCCGCCGCACAGCAAUCGCGCGUUGUCUCCCGUCGUCGAGAAUGGGGAGAAGACUGCCGCUGCAGGUUCGGCGCCUGUCCCGGGGCCUUCGAGGCUAGAGCACACGCCAGCGCGGGGAGAGGAGGAAGAGGAAGGGGCGGAGAUUAAGGAUCUGGUCGAGGUCGCAGAAGACGUCAAGCCCAAAAAGCAAAAAAGGGUUCGAGCACAUGUGCAGACGGAGAAGAACGCACGCAAGGACGCCCAGUUCUUGGAGAACUUCGAUCCGCAUGCCGCGUGGCUUCCGCCCGAGACCGAAGCAAGCAGUUACACGGCGGAGUUUUGCAAAGAGCUCGAGCGGCGGUACUGGAAGACGUGUUCGUUCGGCAAGGCGCCGUGGUACGGUGCAGACAUGCAAGGCUCACUGUUCACGGACGAGACGACGACGUGGAAUGUAGCGCACCUUCCUUCAACACUCACGCGGUUGCUGUCGCCAUCUUCAAAGGGAUUACCAGGGGUCAACACUCCCUACCUCUAUUUCGGCAUGUGGAGGGCUACUUUUGCUUGGCACGUCGAGGACAUGGACCUCUUCAGUAUCAACUACAUUCACUUCGGUGCUCCCAAGUUCUGGUACGCCGUACCUCAAGCACGCGCCUCGGCCUUAGAACAAACACUGAGGAGCAUGUUCCCCGGCAACAACUGCCCCCAGUUCCUUCGACACAAGUCCUAUCUUGCCUCUCCGACUCUCCUUGCUGGGUCUUCCUGCCGCCCAAACUGCCUCGUUCAACGCGAGGGCGAGUUCGUCAUCACAUUUCCUCGUGGCUACCAUGCAGGCUUCAAUCUCGGCUUCAAUUGUGCCGAGAGCGUCAAUUUUGCUCUUGACAGCUGGAUCGACAUUGGCCGGACUGCCAAGAUCUGCACUUGCGUCGACUUCAGUGUCCGCAUUGACGUCGAUCAACUCUUGUAUGAACGCGCGUCGGAAGGCAACGAGGUCUACCGCAAUCGCAGGAAGCUUUGCUCCAUCAAAUUGCUCCCGCCCAGCAACCCGGAUAGUGAGUCGGAGGCGAAAGCCCAGGCACCUCAGCCUCACCCGCAAGCUCCCCACAAGCGCAAGGCAGAGGAUAAUGCCGCUCCGAAACCCAAGAAACAAAGGACGAAGGCUACUGUUUCGUCAGAACAGCCAAUCGCGUCAUCCUCUAAGCUGGCGGAUUCCACGAAGCAGCUCAAGGUCACGCUAAAGCUUCCACCCCCGCCCAAGCAGCCGGAACCGUUCCCGUGUUGUUUGUGCGUGUCAAUGUCUCACGAUGGCUUGUUGCGAGUGCAAGACCCUCCUGCGUGGUGGUACGAGCCGGGAAACAUCGCUGCCGCCGUGGCGGGGACCUGCAUGGCCCACGCGGAUUGUGCAAGUAUCGUACCGGAGACGUGGGUGGAUGUGCUUGAUGGUGGCGAGCUCGAACCCGAUGGAGAAAAGGAGCGUGUAGUAUUUGGCGUUGAUGGUAUCGUAAAGGAUCGGUGGAAUUUGAAAUGUUCCGCUUGCAGCAAGGUGAGACACAAGACACACGGUGCACCGGUUCAGUGCACGAAGGGUCGGUGUUCGAAGGCAUUCCACGUCUCAUGUGCGAAAGAAGGGCACGAAUCAGGGAUUGUCUUCAAGGUCCUUCGCGAGGUCGAGAAGGAAGUUGUCGCCGUGGACAACCAGACGAUGGCACCUCCAGCUCUAUCUUCCCAGCCCACAAGUGAUCCAGUCCUCAUGUUGCAUCCUGGUAGCACUUCAGCUGCCGCGUCUUCAUCAUCAUCGUUUAUUCCAACACCGCCCUCCGCCGAACAACAACCUAUGGACGUCGACGGGAACUGUUCUCAGCCGUUGCUUCCAUCCCCAGACGAACCAGAACCUGCACCUAGGACUAUCAAGAAAGCAGAGUUCGAGCUGUUGUGUCAUCAGCACAAUCCGGACACGCUGGCGCUCAAGAAGGCACAGCAGCAGGAUAGGAUCCGGAAACAGCUUCUUGCUCUGCCGCCCAUGUCGAGAAUCAAGUUGCGCGUCACCGCUGGUGUCUUCGAAGUUACACUCGUUCGCCUCAUCGAAGAGUCGGCCUCUGUCGAGGUUCUCUGGGAUCAGGGCAUGAAGCGAGAAUUCAAGUGGCGAAGCGUUGUCUUCGGUGACACAGAUGUCGCCGGCUCGAAACCAACCGUCGCUGCUCCGGACCGCUCCAAAGGACCGUCUCAACCCGGAUUCACGGAGACAAGCGCGCCGCUUCAGAUCUCCCCAGGACCUUCUGCAUCUACCCUCGGCCAACAGACGACGGCUAUCCAUCUUUCUAAGCCAUCCACGUACCAGCAGUAUCAAUCAUGGUCGCAGUACCAGUACGCUUCUCUUCCGGGAAUGCAACCAGCGCCGGCCCCUGUCGCUGUGGGUCAGCUUCCGGCAAGCCAUUCAUAUUCGCAUGGCGCGAUAUAUCCACCGCCGCCUCAAAUCCCGCCGGCACCUUCAGGAUACUUCCCCUACGUGGGCGGGGCAGCGGCGACGUCGUACGGGAUGUACCCCCAGUACGGCCAUUUGGCGGCACCGGUGCUGAGCACGCCUCCGUCUCAACCCCCCGCACCUUAUCGACCGCCGGCGGACUCGCAAAUGAUGUUGAAUUGGCAACGCCCGUACGCGGGGCCUAAGAUUGCUCCCACUCCACCUCCUGCCCCCACCCUUCCCUCGACGAGUGCCGUUGCAACUCAGCCCACUCCGAACCCUUCACCACAGGCGACGGUGGCCGCUGCGGAGGCAAUACCGACCGAAGCUGCUUCCCCAGUGGUAGAAGCAUUGCCUACGACGGUGGUUGCUGAUGCUUAG